GACAUAGUUGACAGCGAGGAGAGAGGACAAGAAGUUGACACUCUGAGUUAUUCUGUCCCUGGGGAUCCAGAGGUGCUGGGGACCAAGAAGGAGGACGCCCAGGUGGUAGAAACCACAGAGAAUAGUAACUCCAUCAUGAGCUUCUUCAAGACCCUCGUUUCACCUAACAAAACUGAACCAAAAAAGGAUCCAGAAGACACGAAGGCAACCAAGGCAGACAAUGUCUGCGAUGGACACGCUGGCCAGAAGAUGGUGGAGACGCAGGCUAAGAGCAAGAAGAAACGCCUGGACAGCCCCAGGCUAGGACUGGCCUUUAGGAAGUUCUUUAGGCAUAAGGAUGCUGAAAAUUCACCUGCUACUUCAGCCAGUCUCAAGUCCGAUCAAGCGCAGGAGACCCAAGGGGCCACCAAGAGCUCAAAAGGCUGCAGCCCCCCAAGCCAUGUACCACCUGCAACAGCCAGUGACACCGCAAAAGAAGGAAGCAAGGAUAAGCAGGGGCCCACCGCCUUGCCUCUGGGAAAGCUGUUUUGGAAGAAGUCAAUUAAAGAGGAUUCACUUUCCACAGGUGCAGAGGAGAAUGCGGUGUGUGAGCCACCAGUAGAGACUGUAAAGUUUGAGGAAGUAGAGUCGGCUUUACAAACUGUGGAUCUCAAUGAAGAAGAGGCCUGGCCCGAACCCACAGAUGUAAAAGUUAAGGAAGAAAACAAACCCCGGAGGACUCCUCUGAUGGCGUUUCUCAGACAAAUG